CCCCAUUCCUUCCCCUCCAUAUUGUCACGCUCCUUCCCAGUUCAAUGCAUGUCGUCAACGCAUCUGCAGCCUCAGUAUCAACCGCAUGCUCAUGAUACAAGUUUCCGCCGGAUGAAAGGCACGCCUGUCAACUCAUCAUCAGCCUUUGUCAUCGGCCUCAACUCUGGCCUCGACUUUGACCGCGAACUUGGACCCAAUCUCCUCGGCCCGUCAACUCGCUUGUCCACUGUCUCUUCUCCGUAUCCUACCUACCCGAGCACCCUAUCCUCUGCCCCUCAUCCGUCCCCGUCAUCCAUCCCUUCAUCGCGCCAUUGCUUCGCAUUCCAGCUUUGUCCGAUGGUUCCCCCGAUCUUUGCCAGCAUCGAAUAGGACAGUCGAUCUUGAGUGGACGCGUUAAGCAUUCCGUCGCAUCACACUUGAGCUGGAGUCUUCAUGCUCCUCUCGUCACAUCAACGAGACUACUUAGUUCCGCGCCGCGGAUUUCCUCCAAGCGUUUAGUCUGCCGGUCGCCGGCCGGGCCUCCAACGACCAGUCUCUCCACGGCACGCGCGCGCAAAGCGCAAAAACAUCUGCCUGCACCGCCUUUCUGUUUCAUUCUUGACGCGCGCGGUACUCUCCCCGACUCGUCUAAUCUUCUCAACUUCAGCGUAUCUUUCUCUGUUCCCAGCCUUCUAUCCACACAAGGUACCCAACCUAUCGCGAGGCUUGCCGUGCCAUGGUACGCAGCAUAUCUGCCCAUAGUCUCCUCUGAAGCACUUGGCUCUAUCCCGCGCUCCCUCAUAGCGACCUCGUCGGUCCCCGCGCCCCUACUUGCUUCUCACGCAACUCGUUUACGCAAUUUCGUGCUUGGCGCCCACCCGGGCUCCGGACCAUACUCCGAACCGAAGAAUCCCGCUCUAUUUCAUUGUUACUCCGAAGUAAGGUAACGGGCAACUACCUUAUUGACCACGACUAGACCUGAACAGCCACUCCAGCUGUACCAACUGUUCGCACAGCUCCACAUCUUCGUCUCAUCUGUGCUUUUGCUCUUUGGAGACCAGAACAAGUUACUUGGUGUCAUCACCAUCUCGUCGCUUGCAGGCGACUGAGUCAGCCAUGGACGCAAUGCACGACGAGAUGGCCCCAGAUCAGCUCCUCUCUUCGACCCGCCAGCUUGCUAUAUCACAUUCUUCUCCCGCAUUGUCUGUACCCGCCGGCGAUCAUGGCCUGGGCUACGCCUUUUCCUCCACUCAGCUCGACUCCACGUAUCCGGCGGUCACUGAUGCCCGACCAUGCCUCCAAGCAGCCGAUGGGGCUCGUGACGAUGAUUUCUACUACCACCAUGACGAACGGUACCUUCUCGAGGCCUCGUCAGCGUCUUGUCUGGCGUUGUUUCGGCCUCCAUAUCAGCCUACGGGCGCCAUUUCAGAAAUUCCAAACGAGAUAAUGCUGCACAUCCUUGGCUAUUUGGAUGUGAAUGAUCUCUUGUCAACUUCGAGGACCAAUCAUCACCUGCGUCACCUAUCCCUCUCGCCUAUUCUCCAUCACUAUCGGCUCCGUCACACGCGUGCCAUCCUGCCGCCGUUGUUAUCUUCCCCUUCCCGCCCUUCUCUGGCGGAGCUCAUCGCCCGUUCCAUCUUUCUGACUCACACAUCGGUCGUCUCGCGACGCCUUGCCCGCUCUCUGGUCUCCAUCCGACUGUCCCGCCGUCUGGCCUCGCGGCCCUCGGCCGAAGCCCUCGUCGAGCGGGCUGUGCUCCCGCCGGAAUGUGUCCCCGGAAUGAGUUUGGUGCAAGUCGCGCCCGCUCUCGUUGCGAAGCGCCGCGCUAUUGAAAAGGAGAAGGUCAAGGAUGGCUUGAGGAAGUGGGUAGAGGGCGUGUGGAAGGGCGAGGUACGUCAGCGAGAAGAGGGUAUCAAGAAGUGGGAGGAGACCAAGGGCGUGGGUAGGGUCUGGCGGCUCCGACGAUUCUGGGAGCGUGUGUCGAGGGGCGACGGUGCCGGUCUCCGGUAGGCCCGUGAGGCACUGUGUACGACUCUGAGCUAAACUGAGCAUUGAAUUAGGCAUUGGGUUGCGGCUCUGGGAGCCGCCAACGGCGUUACUGGGCAGGGAUGACGAUGUAUUCAUGAUAACGUCGGUCAUAAUGAGCCAAAUAUGCACUAGCAAGCAACUGUGAAUUUCAUUGCCGUCUGUCUGUCUUCGCGCAAGGUGGUACCUUUGCAAGUCACUAUGGAACACACACGGG